AUUCGCCCAAAUGUAAACAUUCUUCAGUCAACAUUUUUCCUUCUCAUCUUUCUACUAGUAAACCGCUAACCGCUAACAAUCUGUUGUUCUUUACUGAAUCUCAGCUUAAUUUAUAUUGUGAUUAUAACAGUUAUAAUAAAAAUAAUAACUUAAUACUUUUAUUACAUCUAAAAAAAAAUAUCUGCAACUUUUCAUUAUGUGGUUAAAAACCUCAUUUGUAUUUAUAAUUCAUUUAAUAUUAUGCCAUGGUAAUAAAGAUUUCCGUCUCGGUCGAAGUAAAAACGGUAAUCUCGGAGUUCCAGGUGACUAUUUAGGAGAAAAAGUACCACCUGCGCAGUGGUUCAAACAAAAGUUGGACCAUUUUAGUCCUACUGACUUACGUAGUUGGAAGCAGCGAUAUUAUGUAAACGACAGUUUUUACGACUUUAAAAAUCCAGGUCCAAUAUUUCUAAUGAUUGGUGGUGAAGGGCCAGCCGAUCCGAGAUGGAUGGUAAAGGGAGCAUGGAUAGAUUAUGCAAAGAAAUUCAACGCUCUUUGUAUUAAUUUGGAACACCGAUAUUAUGGAGAAAGUCACCCUACAGAAGACUUCAGCACAAAAAACUUGCAGUACUUAUCAUCAUCGCAGGCUUUGGCGGAUUUGGCAAACUUCAUUACAGCUAUGAAUGACAAGCUCAAAUUAAAUCGUGAAGUGAAAUGGGUGGCGUUUGGUGGCUCUUACCCGGGGUCAUUAGCGGCUUGGCUGAGAAUGAAAUAUCCUCAUUUGGUGCAUGCCUCCAUAUCAUCAAGUGGACCAUUACUUGCAAAAGUUAAUUUUAUGGAAUACUUUGAGGUUGUAGUAAAUGCUCUCCGUGAAAAGACUGGCAGUGAUGAUUGUGUUAACCAACUGCGUAAUGCCCACGUACAGAUAGAAGGGUUAAUUAAAACGCAGCCAGAGGAGAUCGAAAAGGAAUUCAAAACUUGUAUGCCAUUUUCAAAAGCAACAGAGAAUGAUAUGAAGAAUUUUUUCAACUCAAUAGCUGAUGAUUUCGCUGACCUAGUUCAGUAUAAUGAGGACAAUCGUAUUAGUGCUGAUACAACAUUUAGGAAUAUUACCAUCAAUUCUGUGUGUAAAUUGCUAACGGAACCAGGCGAUGAAGCUCCAUACAAACGAUUAGCAGCAUUUAAUUCUAUUAUGUUGAAUAAAUCAAAGCAAACAUGUAUGGACUACAGUUAUAAUAAUAUGAUCAACGAUCUAAGAAACACCAGCUUGAGUUCCGAAGGAGGCCGUCAAUGGAUGUACCAGACUUGUACCGAGUUUGGUUUUUACCAAACAUCUUCGGGAGAAGUUAGUGUAUUCGGUGACCAUUUUAAAUUGGACUUCUUUGUGCAACAGUGUCAAGAUGUUUUUGGUAAAAAGUUUGACAAGGAAUUUAUAGAGAAUGCAGCGGAAUGGAGUAACAGUUUCUAUGGUGGUACAGAUAUUGCUGUAGAGAGAGUUGUUUUUGUCCACGGCUCGGUUGAUCCGUGGCAUGCUCUUGGUAUCACAACCACAAAAGAUAAUAAUGCACCAGCUAUUUAUAUUAAAGGUACCGCACAUUGUGCUAAUAUGUAUCCAGCAAGUGAGAAUGAUCUUCCUCAGCUGACGGAGGCAAGAGUUGAAAUCCAACAAUACCUUGAUUCAUGGCUUUCACAACCUUAAACUUUUUAUAUCAUACGUAAGUUUACUAAUAAGUGUAUUUUAAUUAUGCUUUUUACUGCUAAAGUAGUGUUUGACGGUUACUUUUCACUGUCCCGGACUUUAUAGGCGAAGGUAUAUUGAAACACUCUAUUCUCAUAUUAAAUUAGUAUAUUGUCAGGAUAAAUCAGUCACCUUUUAUAUUUAAAACAGUCUCAUGUUUUACAUAUGUUGGCUGGUAUGUGUCUUGAUGAGAAGUCUUCCAUCAAACAUUCAUUACACAAUUCUUUAUAAAAUUUAAAUACAUUGUUCCAAUAUUAAAAUCAUCCUACCUGUGUAGUGUUGCCAGCCAGUAACAUAACAUAUAAAAACUCCAACAAAUUACAAUAAAUACUUAUAUCUUGUUCUUGUAUAACUUUUUUUUUAAUUUGAC